AUGACAUUAAAACUUUCUAAAGAUAUGCUUUGUUUUGAAAAAUAUGAAGAUAAGAUCUCAACAGCGUCUAUAUUAGUUAAAAAUCCAUCUCUCAAACACAGGGUUGCUUUCAAUCUUCAAAUUAACCCAACAUCUGAUCAUUACACUGCUCAUCCAUCAAUUGCUAUGCUUGAUCCGGAUUCAGAAUGUCAGAUUUCAUUUGAAAGGCAUCCUAAAGAUGAAUUCUAUAAAGAUAAUGGAACAUGUGAUUCAGUAGAUAUGCUUAUUAUUCAAUCUAUACAGAUUAACAGUAAAAUGAAUAAAAAAAUAGAUAAAAUGGAAAAAAAUGAUAAAAUGCUUUGGAACUAUCUUGAAAAUGAAGUUCAAAAGAGUUACAAGAAAAUCAGGAUGAAAGAGGUUAUGCUAUCAAUACAUGUUGACGAUAAAUUUGAUCUUGAUAAGCUCGGCAGACCUGUCACUCAAGAAUUAACUAUAACAGAAGAAGGCUUCAGUGACACUGUAAUAACAAUAAAUCAUUUCUCUAUGAUGCCUACAAAGCUUUCAGAGAAUCCUAUGUUUAUGAAGAAUUGUACUGAAUAUGCUUGUCAAAAAAAAGAAUUUUUAAAUUCUCCAGGAACAUUUGAAAAAUUAGUAUCAAUUCCAAAAGAAUAUAAUACACAAAGCAAAAAUUCGGAAUACCAGAAGCCGCUUAAAGAUAGUUGUGAUGUCCUUAAACACAAAGAUAUAUUGCAAGACUUACAAAAUGCUUUUCUUUGCUCUACAGAAACAGUUAACACUCAAAUAUCUAAUAAUACAGCAGUAACUGUUGUAGACUUAAAUCAUGCACAUAAAGCCUUUAGUCAGGAAGAAAAUGAUGAUUCAUCUGAAUUCUGGAGCGAUAAUAAUUUACCUGAAGAUGAAAUUAGUUUAGAAUAUUUGGAAACUAAUUUUAACAUUGUAGACCCAGAAAGUUGUGAGAAAGACUUUAACAAAGGCAUUGAGCACCUUCAAGUAUGGAAACUGAUACGAGAACAAAAUCAAAACAAAUUUUCAAACAAAUGCAUAAUCGAAGAAGAAUUUUCUAACAAAGAUUUAAUUGUUUCACCCGUUAUUUUGAAACAACCGUUUUUAGCUUCAACCAUUCCUGAUGAUUCAAGUCCAUCUUUAUUAAGUUUGUCUCACAAAUCAUCAGAGACAGCUCUAUCUCGAAGCAUAGAUUACAUUUAUACUCAAUCAUUUUCUUAUAAAGAAUUUAAUGACAGUAUUGGAAGAACACUUUUUGGCACAGAAUCUACACCUUGUAGUUCCUUCGAACUUACUGUAAAUAUCCCUUUAAUACCAACAUGGAUGCAGAAUAUACUGGAUCUUCAAAAAGAGCUUCAAGCUAUAAUUGACGAGUUUGAUCAAAAAACCAAUUUCCAUAUUAAAGAUUUCGACUUCAUGGGAAAUAGCGUUUUGCACGCAAAUACACCUGGAGGAUGCCAAGAAUUAGGCUUGGACACUCAUUGUAUCCUGCAUGUUUAA